AUGGCAGCGCUGUACGUGAUCUGGAUCGAUCCAAACACCGGAUUUGGCGGCGCGUACAUCGGUCUGUUCGAAUCGCUCUCCGAUAGCCGCGAGAUUCAGAUGCUGCUGAUGCUUCUCGUGUUCGCUAUCGUGCACAGCGGAGGCGCUGCGCUCCGGCCGGCGGCGGAGCGCGUGAUAGGCGAGCGCGCUUAUCGCGUGCUGUUCGCGGGGAUCUCUCUGCCGCUCGCCGUCUCUGCCGUGGUAUUCUUUAUCAACCACCGGUAUGACGGUUUCCCUCUCUGGCAGCUACGUGGCGUGCCAGGCAUGCACGAGUUUGUGUGGGCGCUCGCGUUCGUCUCCUUCUUCUUCCUCUACCCCUCCACAUUCAACCUUCUCGAGGUGGCUGCGGUUGAUAAGCCAAAGCUGCACAUGUGGGUGACGGGCAUCAUGCGAAUCACCAGGCACCCCCAGAUGACCGGUCAGCUGCUCUGGUGUGUGGCGCACAUGCUCUGGAUGGGCUCUUCCUUCACGGCAGUCACCUCACUCGGCCUGUGCCUGCACCACCUCUUUGGCGUGUGGCACGGUGACCAGCGGCUGGAGAAGAAGUAUGGAGAGGCUUUCGACGAGGUCCGAAAGCGCACGAGCAUCGUCCCCUUUGCAGCCAUUCUUGAUGGCAGGCAACAGCUGCCUCCGGAUUACUACAAGGAGUUUCUCCGUGUGCCGCCAGCUUUUGGCUUCAUUGCUCCAGUUGUAGGGCGCAUUCGCCCUACGUUUCCGUCCGCCCUUUUCCCCUCCCAUCGCUUCCUCGUCGACGUCGUCGUGUCCCACAACGGCGGCACUUUUAUGUCCCCGAUCGCUUCCCCUCACCGUCGCCCACGCUUCCCCCCACCGUCGCCCACGCUUCCCCCCACCGUCCCCGAUCGCUUCCCCCACCGUCGCCCACGCUUCCCCCCACCGUCGCCCACGCUUCCCCCCACCGUCGCCCACGCUUCCCCCCACCGUCGCCCACGCUUCCCCCCACCGUCGCCCACGCUUCCGCCCACCGUCGCCCACGCUUCCUCCCACUGUCCCUCACACUUCACCCCACCGUCGCCCACGCUUCCCCCCAUCGUCGCCCACGCUUCCCCCCACCGUCGCCCACGCUUCCCCCCACCGUCUCCCACUCUUCCCCCCACCGUCGCCCACUCUUCCCCCCACCGCCGCCCACGCUUCCCCCCACCGUCGCCCACUCUUCCCCCCACCGUCGCCCACGCUUCCGCCCACCGUUGCCCACCCUCCCCCUCACUGUCAUCCACGCUUCCCCUCACCGUCGCUCAUGCUUCCCCAUCAUGUCGCUUACGCUCCCCCCCACCGUCGCUCAUGCUUUCCCCCACCUUCCCCCACUCUUCCUUUCUCAUCACCUACGCUUCCUCCCACCGUCGCCCUCGCUUCCUCCCACUCUCCCUUACACUCCCUCCCACAGUCACCCACGCUUCCCCCCACCGUCCCCCACGCUUCCCCCCACCGUCGCCCACGCUUCCCCCCACCGUCGCCCACGCUUCCCCCCACCGUCGCCCACGCUUCCCCCCACCGUCGCCCACGCUUCCGCCCACCGUCGCCCACGCUUCCUCCCACUGUCCCUCACACUUCACCCCGCCGUUGCCCACGCUUCCCCUCACCGUCGCCCACGCUUCCGCCCACCGUCGCCCACGCUUCCCCCACCGUCGCCCACGCUUCCUCCCACUGUCGCUCACACUUCACCCCGCCGUUGCCCACGCUUCCCCCCACCGUCGCCCACGCUUCCCCGCACCGUCGCCCACGCUUCCCCCCACCGUCGCCCACGCUUCCGCCCACCGUCGCUUACGCUCCCCCCCACCGUCGCUCACGCUUUCCCCCACCUUCCCCCACUCUUCCUUUCUCAUCGCCUACGCUUCCUCCCACCGUCGCCCUCGCUUCCUCCCACUCUCCCUUACACUCCCUCCCACAGUCACCCACGCUUCCCCCCACCCUUGCACCCUUCUUUCCUUCUCUCUGACUCUCCCUUCCCCACUGCCUGGCAAGCUUGAACCAGCCUCCUCCUCUCUCUUUCACCAACCCCGCUCGCAUGGCAGGUGCUGCUGCAGCAUUGGAGGAGAAUGCUGGGCGCACAGCCGGGGCAGCGCGUGCAGGCGGGAAGUGAGGAGCGCUGUGCACAAAGGGAAAGGGGGGCGGGGCAGGGGAGUGGGGGAGGCGUGGCAGGGGAGUGGGGGAGGCGUGGCAGGGGAGUGGGGGAGGCGUGGCAGGGGAGUGGGGGAGGCGUGGCAGGGGAGUGGGGGAGGCGGGGCAGGGGAGUGGGGGAGGCGGGGCAGGGGAGUGGGGGAGGCGGGGCAGGGGAGUGGGGGAGGCGGGGCAGGGGAGUGGGGGAGGCGUGGCAGGGGAGUGGGGGAGGCGUGGCAGGGGAGUGGGGGAGGCUUGGCAGGGGAGUGGGGGAGGCGUGGCAGGGGAGUGGGGGAGGCGGGGCAGGGGAGUGGGGGAGGCGGGGCAGGGGAGUGGGGGAGGUGGGGCAGGGGAGUGGGGGAGGCGGGGCAGGGGAGUGGGGGAGGCGGGGCAGGGGAGUGGGGGAGGCGGGGCAGGGGAGUGGGGGUGGCGGGGGCAGGAAGCCGUCCCGACUUCCUCUCUCGUCCGCUAAUUCGCCUUCUCCUGUCCGCCCUUCCACUCUCCAUUCCUCCCUCCUCUCUUUCUCUCUCUUUCCCUCCACUUCUCCCGUCCGCCCCUCCUCCCAGUCUCCCUCCUCCCUACCACUCUCUCACCCACUCUUUCUUUCAAUUUUUGAGUCGACUCGAAAAUCGACUUUCUCUCUCUUUCCCUCCACUUCUCCCGUCGGCCCCUCCUCCCAGUCUCCCUCCUCCCUACCACUCUCUCACCCACUCUUUCUUUCAUCCUCGUGCCUCUCUUCCACCAUGCCGACCUUCUUUUCAAACUGCCACCUUCCGAGCUUCCUAUAGUCCGCCUUUCCGUCUCACCCACUUGUCCUAUCCCUACUUGAAUUCCUCACAUCCUCUCAUCCCCCCUUCUCCCCUUCCACCCUUCCACCCUCCAGCCCUUGCGCUCAUCCUCCCUUCCUCUCAUCCUCCCUUCAUCUCAUCCUCCCGUUCUCUCAUCCUCCCAUCCUCCCUUUCUUCCUUCCCCCCUCCCUUUCUCUCUUCCGCCCUUCCUCCUUGUCUCCCUUGCUCAUUUUCUCCCUCGGCGCAUGCUUAUUUUCCCUGCAUCCCUCGCUGCCAUCCUCCCUUCCUCUCAGCCUCUACACUUCCUCUCGUCAACCAUUCCUCCGCACCCUUCUACCCUGCCACGCCUGUACACUCCUACCUUGUUUGUUUAUUCUAG